GGGGAGCGCGGCCACAGCAGGUCCUAUCUGGUGGUGAGCGGCUGUCAUGAUCUCGACAGCCCCGCUCUACAGCGGCGUGCACAACUGGACCAGUUCUGACCGGAUUCGCAUGUGUGGCAUCAACGAGGAGAGAAGAGCACCUCUUUCUGAUGAGGAGUCCACGACAGGUGACUGCCAGCGCUUUGGAUCUCAGGAGUUUUGUGUCAGCAGCAGUUUUUCCAAGGUGGAGCUCACGGCAGUUGGAAGUGGCAGCAAUGCCCGGGGGGCAGACCCAGAUGGCAGGACAGCGGAAAAACUUGGGCACAAGUCAGAAGACAAGCCUGACGACCCCCAGCCACAAAUGGACUAUGCUGGGAAUGUGGCCGAGGCCGAGGGCCUGCUGGUGCCACUGAGUGGCGCCGGGGACGGCCUCGCGCUUUCUGCUGCUGACGGCGCCGCCGAGGCUGGCGACAGCACGGCCGACUGCUCCUGGGCUCCCCUCAGCACCCAAAUGAGCAAGCAGGUGGACUGCUCAGCAGCAGGGGUGAAGGCUCUGGACUCUCGGCAUGGCGUGGGGGAGAAGAAUACUUUCAUUCUGGCCACUCUGGGAACUGGAGUCCCUGUGGAGGGAACCCUGCCUCUGGUGACCACUAACUUCAGUCCGCUGCCAGCACCCAUCUGCCCCCCUGCUCCCAGUUCGGCUGCCGUCCCCCCGUCUGUUCCGGAUCCGUUCCAGGUUCCCCUCUCCGUCCCCACCCCGGUGCCCCACUCUGGGCUAGUUCCCGUCCAGGUUGCCACUUCGGUUCCAGCCCCUUCCCCUCCCUUAGCCCCAGUCCCGGCUCUGGCCCCGGCACCGCCAUCAGUGCCCACGCUCAUCUCUGAUUCGAACCCCCUUUCAGUUUCGGCCUCAGUCCUGGUGCCCGUGCCAGCUUCGGCUGCCCCCUCGGGGCCCGUUCCCCUGUCGGCUCCAGCCCCUCCCCCCCUCUCAGUCCCAGUUUCAGCUCCUCCCUUGGCUCUGAUCCAGGCUCCCGUGCCCCCUUCAGCUCCAACCCUGGUCCUCGCGCCUGUCCCCACACCAGUUCUGGCCCCCAUGCCGGCGUCCACGCCUCCAGCGGCUCCCAACCCUCCGUCAGUGCCGAUGCCCACCCCGACUCCGUCCUCCGGCCCGCCCUCCACCCCCACCCUCAUCCCUGCCUUUGCUCCUACACCGGUGCCCGCUCCCACCCCGGCCCCGAUCUUUACUCCAGCCCCCACGCCCAUGCCGGCGGCCGCACCAGCUGCCAUUCCCACCUCUGCGCCCAUGCCAGCCUCCUUCAGUCUGAGUCGAGUAUGUUUUCCUGCAGCUCAGGCACCAGCUAUGCAAAAAGUUCCCCUGUCCUUUCAGCCAGGGACAGUACUGACCCCAAGCCAGCCGCUGGUAUAUAUCCCACCUCCAAGCUGUGGGCAGCCGCUCAGUGUGGCCACACUGCCAACCACCUUGGGGGUCUCCUCCACUCUUACACUGCCUGUCCUGCCUUCCUACCUUCAGGACAGGUGUCUCCCUGGUGUGCUGGCCUCCCCAGAGCUCCGGUCUUACCCAUACGCGUUUUCUGUGGCCCGGCCUCUGACUUCAGAUUCCAAGCUGGUCUCUCUGGAGGUGAACAGACUUCCCUGUGCGUCCCCAUCCGGCAGCACCAGCACCCAGCCUGCGCCCGAUGGGGUCCCCGGGCCUUUGGCAGAUACUUCCCUCUCUACUGCUUCUGCCAAGGUGCUUCCAACCCCACAGCCUUUGCUGCCAGCCCCCAGCGUGAGCUCGGCCCCACCGCACCCCGCCAAGGUGCCAGGUGGUAGCGAGCAGCAAACAGAAGGGACUUCCGUCACCUUCUCUCCCCUCAAGUCUCCUCCACAGCUGGAGCGAGAGAUGGCCUCUCCACCUGAGUGCAGCGAGAUGCCCCUCGACCUCUCCUCCAAGUCCAACCGCCAGAAGCUUCCAUUGCCGAACCAACGCAAGACGCCUCCCAUGCCCGUGUUGACCCCCGUGCACACCAGCAGCAAGGCCCUCCUCUCCACGGUCUUGUCUAGGUCUCAGCGCACAACCCAGGUUGCUGGUAGCAAUGUCACCUCAUGCCUAGGCUCCACUUCCUCGCCCUUCGUCAUCUUUCCCGAGAUCGUGAGGAAUGGAGACCCGAGCACCUGGGUGAAGAACUCAACUGCGCUGAUCAGCACCAUUCCUGGCACCUAUGUGGGAGUGGCCAACCCAGUGCCUGCAUCCCUGCUGCUGAACAAAGACCCUAAUCUGGGCAUCAACCGAGACCCCCGCCAUCUCCCCAAGCAGGAGCCCAUCUCCAUCAUCGAUCAAGGAGAGCCUAAGAGCACCGGUGCCCCCUGUGGCAAGAAGGGCAGCCAGGCUGGGACUGAGGGACAGCCAAGCACAGUCAAACGUUACACCCCAGCCCGCAUCGCCCCUGGGCUGCCGGGGUGCCAAACCAAGGAGCUCUCUCUCUGGAAGCCCACGGGGCCAGCAAAUAUUUACCCACGGUGUUCAGUCAAUGGGAAACCCACCAGCACCCAGGUCCUGCCUGUUGGCUGGUCACCAUACCACCAAGCGUCUCUGCUUUCCAUUGGCAUUUCCAGUGCCGGGCAGCUGACCCCCAGUCAGGGGGUGCCCAUCAGGCCCACCAGCGUUGUUUCUGAGUUUUCUGGUGUGCCGUCUCUUGGCCCCAGUGAAGCUGUGCAUGGACUUCCUGAGGGGCAGCCACGGCCUGGGGGCCCCUUUGCUCCAGAGCAGGACACUGGCACAAAGAACAAAAGUUGCCGGAUUGCUGCCAAGCCUUAUGAAGAACAAGUCAACCCUGUCCUCCUGACUCUCAGCCCUCAGACAGGGACCUUGGCGCUGUCUGUCCAGCCUAGCAGUGGGGACAUAAAAGUGAAUCAGGGGUCUGAGGAAUCAGAGAGCCACCUCUGCCCCGACAGCACUCCGAAGAUGGAAGGUCCCCAGGGGGCUUGUGGCCUGAAGCUGGCAGGAGACACGAAGCCUAAAAACCAAGUGCUGGCCACCUACAUGUCCCAUGAGCUGGUCCUGGCCACCCCCCAGAACCUGCACAAGAUGCCCGAGCUGCCUUUGCUACCUCAUGACAACCACCCCAAGGAACUUAUCUUGGAUGUGGUCCCGAGCAGCAAGAGGGGCUCCAGCACAGAGCUUUCACAGCUUGGAAGCCAGGUGGACCUGGGGCGGGUGAAAAUGGAGAAGGUGGAUGGUGACGUGGUCUUCAACUUAGCCACCUGCUUCCGGGCCGAUGGCCUCCCAGCAGCUCCCCAGAGGGGCCAAGCUGAAGUUCGGAAUAAGGCCGGGCAGGCCCGAGUGAAACAGGAAAGCGUAGGUGUCUUUGCUUGCAAGAACAAGUGGCAGCCAGACUCGGUGGUGACCGAUGGGGUUACCGAAUCUCUGCCACCCAAGAAGAUGAAGUACGGCAAAGAGAAGGAUGGUGAGGAGCAGCAACCACAAGCCAAGGUCACAGCUCGGAGUUCCCAUGGACCCAAGUGCCGGAAGCCGCCUAGUGACCCCCAGGAACCCACCAAGAAAAGCCCCAGGGGGGCUUCAGAUUCAGGAAAAGAGCACAAUGGAGUCAGGGUAAAGCACAAGCACCGGAAGCCAGCAAAGCCGGAUUCCCAGUCUCCAGGAAAGCGAGCCGAUGGCCACGAGGAAGGUUCCUUGGAGAAGAAAGCAAAGAGCAGUUUCCGUGACUUCAUCCCCGUGGUUCUGAGCACGCGGACGCGCAGUCAGUCUGGAAGCAUCUGUAGCUCCUUUGCUGGUAUGGCAGACAGUGACAUGGGAAGCCAGGAAGUCUUCCCCACAGAGGAGGAAGAAGAUGUGACCCCCACCCCGGCUAAGCGUCGCAAGGUGAGAAAGGCCCAACAGGACACCCAGUAUCGCAGCCACCAUGCCCAGGACAAGACUCUGCUGAGCCAGGGCCGCCGGCACCUGUGGCGAGCCCGAGAAAUGCCCUGGAGGACCGAUGCUGCCCGGCAAAUGUGGGACACCAACGAGGAGGAGGAGGAAGAUGAGGAGGAGGGCCUGGUGAAGAGGAAGAAGCGGAGACGGCAGAAGAGCCGAAAAUAUCAGACUGGGGAGUACCUGACGGAGCAGGAAGAAGAGCAGCGGCGGAAAGGGAGAGCAGAUUUAAAGGCCCGUAAGCAGAAGACUUCCUCCCAAAGUUCGGAGCACCGCCUCAGGAACAGGAACCUCCUCUUGCCCAACAAAGCCCAGGGGAUCUCGGAUUCACCAAACGGUUUCCUCCCAAAUAACCUGGAGGAGCCAGCCUGCCUUGAAAAUUCAGAAAAGCCAUCAGGAAAACGAAAGUGCAAGACCAAGCACAUGGCAAAUGUCUCAGAAGAGGCCAAGGACGUUGUUCUCUACUGCCUCCAGAAGGACAGUGAAGACGUGAAUCACCGUGACAACGCUGGCUACACAGCCCUGCAUGAGGCCUGCUCCAGGGGCUGGACUGACAUCCUGAACAUCCUGCUGGAGCACGGGGCCAACGUGAACUGCAGCGCGCAGGAUGGCACGAGGCCAGUUCAUGACGCGGUGGUCAAUGACAACCUGGAGACCAUCUGGCUCCUGCUGUCCUAUGGGGCUGACCCGACACUGGCCACCUACUCAGGACAGACAGCCAUGAAGCUGGCCAGCAGCGACACCAUGAAGCGCUUUCUCAGCGAUCACCUCUCGGAUCUUCAGGGCCGGGCAGAGGGUGACCCUGGCGUGUCCUGGGACUUUUACAGCAGUUCUGUGUUGGAGGAAAAAGAUGGCUUUGCCUGUGACCUCCUGCAUAAUCCUCCUGGGAACUCUGAUCAAGAAGGAGAUGAUGUGGAAGAGGAUGAUUUUAUGUUUGAGCUCUCAGACAAGCCUCUUCUCCCUUGCUACAACCUCCAAGUGUCAGUGUCCCGAGGGCCCUGCAACUGGUUCCUCUUUACCGACGUCCUGAAGAGGCUGAAGCUUUCCUCCAGGAUCUUUCAGGCUCGGUUCCCGCACUUUGAAAUUGCCACCUUGCCCAAGGCCGAGUUCUACCGGCAGGUGGCCUCCAGUCAGCUUCUGACCCCAGCCGAGAGGCCCGGAGGCAUGGACGACAGAUCGGCCCCAGGCUCCUCUGAGACUGUGGAGCUGGUGCGGUACGAGCCCGAGCUCCUUCGGCUCCUGGGGUCUGAGGUGGAGUUCCAGCCUUGGAACAGUUGACCAGGCCAAGGGCUGCUCCCUUUUCUUCUUUCUCCUCCCCCCCCCCCAGGUCUUUCCCCCGCCGCCGAGCACCAGACUGCAGAAUGAGGCAAUAAUACGGACCAACAAGAAGCCGCCUUAUCAAUGCCAGCAUUAGUGACUGGAUUUUUUUUUUUUCCGGUUAUGAUUAGUUCUCAUCUCCCUGUCAUCGUCUUUGUUGUUGUGGUUGGUGAUGGGAGUGGAAAGUUGAACUCCACAUCUGAGGACAAGAGGUCCCCGGGGAUGGUGGGAGGUGGCGCCAGGGUCCAUUGGACUGGCUUCCUUUGUGUGUGACCAAGACCACACCUGGGCGCUGGGGUGGCCUCGGCCUGUCCGGAGGAGAAAUGAGAAAAGCCCAAAUCUCUGAGCGAGCCCUCCGUUCCCCUGUGUUCUUCUGUCUUCCAUAGUAUUUAUUUUAUUAGUAUUUAAUUUGUAUUGUUUCAUUGGUUUCUGAUAAGUCUGUAUCACUGUGACGAUUUGAGACAACUUGUUGUAUUGAGGGACUUUCUUCACCUCCUUUCUUUGUCUUUCUUGAUCAGCUCUGGAGCUGCCCCCUCCCUCUUGACAAAGUGACUCCCAGGUUUGUUUUCACCCCACUGGGGAGGGGGCAAGAGGGGCGGGGGGAGGGGGGCCCUAAGGACCUGUGACUAAUGAAGGUGGCUGGUGCUGGCCUGGGGCUGGGGCGUUGAGGGUAAUCCUGAGGCUUUGGUGCUUCCCCCCCCCCCCAUUUUUCUGUUUCACCACCUGCCCUUUGCAGCAGCCCCACUAUCUUGAGAUUAGUGUUUCUGGGGAGGGGUGGAUUGUGAGGGGGGGCGGGGUUAAUGGGUCACUCUAUUUGGGGAGAGUCAGGAAUGGGCCUGAAGGCUAAGAUCGCCCCCUCCUCACAGUUCCUUCACUGCUCCCCUCAGAGUGCACAAUAUGGGCUUGUACCUGCAUCUCCACUCCCCUCCUGCAGCCACCCCACCCCCUCCGGCCCUCACCCUUUCUCGAUGCUGAGCCUCUCAGCUCCCAGCCCUUGACCCUCACCUCUCCCCCUUGCCAGACUCAGUACCCCCUUCCUCUCUCCUCCCUGCUUCUAUCUCUGCCCCCAUUCUCCUUUGGAAUCUGCAGAGGGCUCUGGGACGGAUUGCCAGAUGUGAGAUCCAGGCCUCAGCUGUUUGCUAGGUGAGGGCAGGAGGUUGGGCUCCGCUCCUGCUGAGGGACCUGGGGCUGAUUGUGGGGCCCUGCCAGGCCUCCCUCCUGGCCUCCUGCGCUGGGUUUGUUCUGGGAGAGAGAGGGAGAGAGGGAGGAGCUGGGGGGGGCGGUUCCCUGUCCCUGCCCUGCUCUGUGGCAUUGUCUUUCCUACUCUUGUUCUUAUUUUUCUACCAAUUGCUAUUUUUUCCAAACAAUCCUUGUAGAGAGUAUGUACCAUCCGAAGGCAGGAGGGCCUCGCUGUGGCCGGCUCUGGUUGGAGAUGGUACAGUUUUAUUGUACAGGUGCUAAAACAACAACAACAAAAGAAGAAAAUGGAAAAAAAAAAAGACAAAAAAAAAGGCAAAAAAAAAAAAAAAAGCCAGUUUGAGGAUGGGACAAUCUGUUCUCUGGAGACUCCUGACCCAUGCAGGAGCAUUGGUGGUUAUUUUCUUUGUAUUGUGUUUGUUCUUUGUUCCCAGGGGGAAGUUCUAGGCCCCCUUCUGUAGGACUGCUCCCCACCCCCACCAUACUGCCCAGUUGGUUUUGAACAGCUGUUCUCCCUUUUUAAAAAAAAAAAUAUAUAUAUAUAUAUAAAGUUGAGGGGUUUUGGGUUUUAAUUUUUUGGUUUUGUGGGGGUUCAUGGUAUUGUGUGGUUUAUUUUAUGUUUGCCUUUACCUUUUUGCAUUUGGGUGUGUAUUCUGGCUGCCCUUUAUGUUUCAUUUUAAGCAACUGGCUGUGGAGUCAAAAACACUUGCAUACUGAAAAACCUGUGUCAGGG